AGACAGCAGCAUGAAACGGGACAGUGUACUCUUGCGCACUCGUCACGUUUGCAAUAACUACAAAAAUACCCUAGACAUUUUAUUCUUAUGCGUUGAGCACUUUAUUCAAUGCUUUUGCGCUUUUCAAAAUGACACGAUAGAUUUCUUCUCAUCUGGCUCUGGAGUCUCGUAGAAACUAUGCAUGAUCUUUAACCACUGUGCUGGAUAAGGCGCAACGCACAUUGUGAAAGCGCAAGUGACCGUCACGAUUUAAAAGUAGGCUAACAGUUCUGUUGGAUACUCGACUUGAAACGGCCAGGUGACUUUGAUUUCAAGUCUCGCACCUGAUGAAAUUAUGAAAAACUUCAGCUUGAUCUUCACCUGGAUUAAGUCAUUUCUUCUGGACUGGCAGCUUCACGUGGCCAAUAUUUAAAACAAGAACUUUUUACAUCUUUUGGUGUUCUGAGAAACUGCAGAAUCACCUCUCUCUAAACCAUUUGCAGCCAUCAUUGGAUAUGCGGGGAAUGAAGGAAUAUUCUGAUGCAUAUGUCUGAAACAACAGAGCUUUUGCAGACCAACAGAAGAAUAAAUUAAAAAGUCUUCCAACCGUUCAUUAGAGCCGAAAUUGUGGGAUCUCCACAUUUUUAUGGUAGAAUACGGGACAAUAAAGAAAAUAAUGAGCAGUGAUUUAAGGGCUAAAGGGAUAUUUUUUAUAACUUAGAUGAGCACAAAGAGUAACACCCUUUUCUUAUUUGUUCUGUGGCAUUUAACUUUCUGUGUGUCAACAUAUUCUAUAAAACAACAUUAUAAACAGUCACAGUAUAUUCAACCAUCACAGUAUAUUCGACCAAUAUAUGUGCUCACAUUUAUCAGCCAUGACCUUCUCAAAGGCAAAGCAUCAUCAAUAUCUCAAACCAGCCUACUAAAUUACUCUUUCACCACAAGAGGUUUUUAUGGAAUAAUUGAUCAUUUAUGGUAAGAAUCAUGCAUAGAUGAUGUGAAGCGCUGGUGAACCAUGCAAUAUGGAUCUGUUCAACAGCUCAGAUGAGUUCUUCCUCAUCAAUGCUACGGUCAGUCCCACAACCCUGGAGUCCUGGGACGACGCUACUCUCCUCGGCUUUCAGAUCUCCAUCUCUGCUAUGCUAGCAAUCGUCACUUUGGCCACUGCUCUGUCCAACGCUUUUGUGAUCGCAACCAUUUUCCUCACACGCAAGCUUCACACCCCUGCCAACUUCCUGAUCGGCUCUCUCGCAGUGACUGACCUCCUGGUGUCCAUUUUAGUCAUGCCGAUCAGCAUUGUGUACACGGUCAGUAAGACCUGGACUCUGGGUCAGAUCGUAUGUGAUAUCUGGCUAUCAUCUGACAUAACGUUCUGCACGGCGUCCAUCUUGCACCUGUGCGUGAUCGCGUUGGAUCGAUACUGGGCCAUCACCGACGCCCUGGAAUACUCGAAACGGCGCACCAUGCGACGAGCGGCACUGAUGAUCGGGGUGGUGUGGGUGAUCUCCGUCUCAAUCUCCUUGCCUCCUCUAUUCUGGCGGCAGGCUAAGGCACAUGAGGAGCUCACAGAGUGCAUGGUCAACACUGACCAGAUCUCCUACACGCUUUAUUCCACAUUUGGCGCCUUUUACGUGCCCACGAUCCUCUUGAUGAUUCUCUACGGGCGUAUCUACGUGGCGGCUCGCUCCAGGAUCUUUAAAACACCAGCGACCAGCGGAAAACGAUUCACCGCAGCUCAGCUCAUCCAGAACUCAGCGGGCUCUUCGCUUUGCUCGCUGAAUUCCACCUCAAAUCAGGAGGGACAUCUUCAUCCUGGAGGAGGGGGGGGAGGGGGAGGCGGAGGAGGAGGGGGGUCUCCUCUUUUCACAAACAGUGUGAAAGUGAAGCUGGCUGACAGCGUACUGGAAAGAAAGCGUCUUUGUGCCGCUCGGGAGAAGAAGGCAACCAAAACUCUUGGGAUUAUCCUGGGUGCGUUUAUAGUCUGCUGGCUCCCGUUCUUCGUGUUUACGCUGGUGAUGGGAGUCUGUAAAGACUGCUGGUUUGAACCUGUGCUCUUUGAUGUGUUCACCUGGCUAGGGUACCUCAACUCGCUCAUCAAUCCAGUCAUCUACACUGUCUUCAAUGAUGACUUCAAGCAAGCCUUCCACAAACUCAUUAAGUUUAAAAGAUGCUAUUGAUGUUACACUCCUCUCCUGUUUUGACACAUUCAUGACUUAAUUAGAGGAUUUCUGCUGAAAAUACCUGAAUCCUGUGAACUUUCAUU